AUGAUUGGAGAUGGGUAUAAAUUGUACUAUAAUGGAAUUGUUAGCAAUAGGAACGGUGUCGGCAUCAUCCUCAGUCAAGAUCUAACCUCCUCAGUAGUAGAAGUCAACAGGAUCUCUGAUAGCCUAAUGAGCAUAAAACUCUGGAUUAAUCAAUCAAUACUAAACAUCCUAUCAGUAUAUGCUCCUCAAACGGGUUGCAAGGAAGAAGAAAAAGAUGACCUUAGAGCUAUCCUUGAUGAAGCUUGGUACAAGGAAAACACAGAUAAAUUACAUGCUAAUCUCUCGCAGAAGAUUAAAAGAUAUAAAACUGGAACCAUGCAUCAAAUGGGGCAAAUUAAAAACAAUGACAGAAUCAAUGCAAACAUUGAAACAUUAGAUUCCUCAAAAGUCAGUGAAAAAAUAUUACAAGACAAAUUACAAAAAUCCAGAAUAGCUACAAAGGCUGUGGCUAGAGCCAAAUCUAUGGCAUACGAUGACAUGUCUAAAGAACUACAUACCAAAGAAGGGCAAAAUAAAAUAUACAGAUUAGCCAAACAGCGAGAAAAGAACUCUAGGGAUAUAAACUGA